AUGGAACUAUUCCAACACUCAUCGGAGGCGAUCAACAUAUACAUCUCUGUGGGUUUGAGUGCUCUUGUGAGCAUAUCCGCACAAGUUAUAAAACCAACAGAUCCAACGUUCGCACGAACUCCUACAAAGAUUCAACGCGAUGAUUGCAUUGGCGUAAUAGAUGAAAUGCGUGUUGAAAUAAAAAUUGCAAAUGAUGAGAAGAUUACAUUUAUCAGACGUUGUAGAGCCCCUAUGCAAAAUGUCAUGGCAGUGUGCGACUUUAACAUGAGUUUUACUUUCGCCGUGCCUGUUGGAGCGCAUUUUGUCGAGCAGAAUGACGAUGGCCGAGAAUCCGGCAACAUAAAUCUUCCGCCUCGCCCUAACGUUGCCAACUCUCCGACGAUAUUUGAUCGGGAAUCGGGAUCUCAUCGGCGGCCGGCGAUGGAUAGAGGUCAGUAUUUGCAGCAGUUCGUCGACGAGACGGAAGCGUUCAACAACAUUGUUCUCGGCUUGAUGGUGCCGGAAUCGAUUUGGCGGCCUCUGCCUUCCAUGCUCAAGUCAUGGCUCCGCAACUACAUCGGUGGAAAUCUCCUAUACUUCGUAUCCGGAUUUAUUUGGUGCUUCUAUAUCUACUAUCUCAAGCGCAACGUUUACAUUCCCAAAG